UUUUUUUUAACAUUUUCUUGUUUGAGAAUUUUUAUCUUGUUAUUAGAAUGUGCAUUUAUCCAUGUUUUCUCUUUUAUUAAAACAUGUCAAACAACGAGCCUAAUUCUGAUGGAAUUAAGUUUAAACUGCCUUCUUCAAUCACUAUUAAAGGAAAAGAAAUAUUUUUAAAACAGGCAAAAUGGUACAUAUUCUAUGCUUUAUCAAUCAUGGCUUUGAUUGCCCUCUUUUGUAUUAUUUUAUAUGUUGAGGUAUAUAUAAACAGUUUCUUUAUAAGAAUAGACUGUAAUCCUGAUAUGCCAUUAAAUUAUGAAAAAUGUUUGGACCGAGGAUGCAUUUGGGUUCAAAGAACAGAAGAGUCUCAACCCUUAUGUUUUUAUCCAGAUGGUUAUGGUUAUACUUACCAAGAAAUACGAAAAACAUCAAAUGGUUACCACGUUGAUUUAGUCCGAACAACUGAAAUGAAAAUGUUUGGUGAUGAAAUGGAAACUAUAAGUCUUCAAGUAUAUUUUGAAACUAAAAAUCGUCUCAGAUUGAAGUGAGGCUCCUUUUCUAAGUUUGCAGAUAAAGCUAAGAAGCGUUUUGAAGUUCCUAUUGAAGUCCCUCUUCCUCCUGCAGAAUCUCCACUUAAUACAGAAUAUUCUAUAGAUUUUGUGAAUGAACCCCAGUUUGGAGUACUUGUGAAAAGAAAUGAUACAGAAACAGUGAUAUUUGAUACAAAUAUUCCAGGAAUGUUAUUUUCUGAGCAGUAUAUUCAAAUUUCUACAAGACUGGCUUCUUCAAAUGUUUAUGGAUUUGGAGAGCAUACGACAUUAGCUUAUAAGCAUGAUACUAAUUGGAAAAAAUGGAGUUUGUUUGCAAGAGAUACUUCCACAGAUAGUUCAUCUAAUUUGUAUGGGGUCCAUCCAUUUUACAUGAACAUUGAAGAUGAUGGGUGUGCUCAUGGAGUUUUCUUGCUUAAUAGCAAUGCCAUGGAAGUUGUAUUGCAACCAGCACCAGCUUUAACAUUCCGUACUGUUGGGGGAAUAUUGGAUUUCUAUAUAUUUCUGGGUCCUUCUCCGGAAGAUGUAGUUAAACAGUAUUUAGAAGUAAUUGGUUUACCUGGUAUGCCUCCUUAUUGGGCACUGGGAUUUCAACUAUCUAGAAGAGGAUAUGGAACAAUAGAAGAAGCCAAGGCAGUCACAGAACGCACAGAAAAAGCUAAAAUUCCAUAUGAUGUUCACUACCUUGACAUUGACUACAUGAACAAUUAUAAAGAUUUUACAUUUGAUGAAAAGCGUUAUUCAAAUUUACCUGCUUUUGUAGAUGAUCUUCAUGCCCAGGGAAGAAAAGUUAUCAUUGUUUUGGAUCCAGCUAUCGCCAGCAACAAAACGCUUGAAUCAAGUUAUCCUGCUUUAGAUGUUGGCAUUAAUAGAGAUGUUUUCAUUAAAGUUAAUGGUACUUAUUUAGAAGGCACGUCAUGGCCUGGAAAAGCAUAUUUUCCUGAUUUUUCACAUCCAGAAGUGAGGCCUUAUUGGACUCAAAUGUGUACAGAAUUUCGUAAAUCUGUUAGAUUUGAUGGAUUAUGGAUUGAUAUGAAUGAACCAGCAAACUUUGCAGAUGGAUCACUAACAGGAUGCAGCAAGAAUACCUUGAAUUAUCCACCAUAUGGUGCUGGUGUUCUUGGAUCCAAACUUGAUGGCAAACUUUUUGAAAAAACUCUUUGUAUGGAUUCUGUACAUCAUGCUGGCAAACAUUAUGAUAUUCACAAUUUGCAUAGCUAUUAUCAAGCAAAUGUGACAUAUAGAACUCUGGCUAUUAUUAUUCCUGGCAAUCGACCAAUGGUUCUCAGUCGUUCAACUUUCCCUGGCUCAGGUCGUUUUGUUUCUCAUGCUUUAGGAGAGAAUUUAAGUACUUGGGAACAACUGAGAGCAUCCAUUCCAGGAAUUUUAAAAUUCAACUUAUUUGGUAUACCAUUUGUUGGUGCUGAUAUAUGUGGAUAUGCUCUGAAUACUACUGAAGAACUCUGCUUGCGCUGGAUGCAAUUGGGAGCAUUUUAUCCUUUCAGUCGUAAUCACAAUUCACUUUAUUCUAAGGAUCAAGACCCAGCAAGCUUUGGGAAGGCAUUCGUAAAUUCUGUUAAUAAAGCAUUAUAUACACGUUAUGAACUUCUACCAUAUCUCUACUCUUUAUUCCAUUUAGCUCAUACUGAAGGUUCUACAGUUGCUCGACCAUUAUUGCAUGAGUUUCCUAAUGACAAAGUCACAUGGGAUAUUAGCUACCAGUUUUUGUGGGGAUCAGCCUUAUUAAUUAGCCCAAUCGUAGAGCAAGCUGCUUCAUCAGUUGAUGCCUAUUUUCCUGCUGGAAUUUGGUAUGACUUUUAUAAGGGAGAAGUAGCUAAAGAUGGUAGUGGUCUAACCAUGACAUUAAUGGAUGAAGGUUAUAUAAAUUUGCAUGUUAGAGGAGGCCAUAUUCUUCCUCUUCAGAAACCUAAUGUUACUACCUCUCUAAGUCGUCAACAGGCUAUGGGCCUUUUUAUUGCUCCAGAUGAAACAGGUACUGCUAAAGGCCUGCUAUUUUGGGAUGAUGGCAUUUCUUAUGAAACACAAGAACAUAAAACAUAUCUCCUUGUAGAAUUGACAUUUAAAAAGAAUAAAGAGAAAGCCAUUUUAUAUUCAAACAUAACUAUUGGCAAUUUCCCUGAGGCUCAUAAUGUUUUCCUUGGUUAUUUGAUAUUCUGCAAUCAAAUCACACCAUCAAAAGUCCUAAUUAAUGGUAAAAUUGUACCAUCAGAGAAAAUGAAUUAUGACUCUCAAGCAUUGGUAUUACGAGUGGAUGAAAUCUAUGUUAAAUUAGCUGAGGAAUUUCAGCUGACCAUAUUAUACAAGUAAUAUCAAAGAGUUAUUUACAAGAAAGUUGUUUGUUAUUGCAGUUCUUGAUGAAUUGCAACAGCUAUGCUGGGUCUGUCUUAUUUUCAUCCAUGACUUUCAUAUUUUAGAAGUUAUUGCAAAGAUCUGUACCGUUUAACUCCUCCCCUAUCAUGCUUACUGGAAUGCUUUCUGAAAUAUGUUUCAUUAAAGGUUCAGAAAUAUGUUUUUAUUAUUUCAUUAAAAUCCAUUAUCAUUUCAA